AUGUCGUCGAUUCAAGAUUCAUCGGUUAUAAAAUCGGUCUCUGUUUUGUUACCAGCUUGGGAGGUUCUUGUUAUUAUCUCGCCGGAAAGUACUGCUCCGUUGACUACUUCAAUCUCUGGCAAUGAUUUCUUGUGUUUUUAUCCGAACAACCAGACUUCUCCCGCGAGAUUCUCUGGUGUUUUGGCUUCAACCAAUCAGACGACAUUCAAGUGCGUCCUACCUAUGAGAAAUCGUCGGCAGUUGCCGUUCCUGUCCCCGGUUUUGAUUCGGUCAGGAGGGAAGGAGUUUCCGGUUUCGUCUCCGCCGCCGGAGCCGAUGCUGAGAUGGAGUCGCUUGGCUUACGAGUCGUUUUCGACUGAAAACGAUGUCGUUUUACUUGUCAAAGGAGUCAAUAAUCGGCAAGGGAUUAAUCGGUCGCCUCACGAGUUUAGUUGCGUGUUUAUUGAUGAAGUUAACAAUAACACCGUUAAGACGGCCGUUACGAGCUCCAUUCAAGAAGUGUUCAGGUGCGAACGUCCAGAUUUAACGCCGUUCGGUUAUGGCGGGGAAGAUAACGAACUAAACAAACUGAUUAAAAUCACUCUCGAAAUUCGCGUGGAGAGAGGCAGCUUCAUGGUGGCUUCUGUCGCGUACUACAUUCCGUGGCGCAAGUUAGCAAAUGAAAGGCCGAAAUUGCAAUUGUGCGCCAGCACAAUGGUUUAUAACGUGGCUAAGUUCUUGAGAGAAUGGGUCAUGUACCAUUCAAAGAUUGGGGUUGAAAAGUUCGUGUUAUACGAUAACGACAGUGAUGAUGAUUUGAUGAGGGUGAUUAAGGAGCUUAAUCAGGAGGGUUAUAAUAUCGAAACCUUUUUUUGGAUUUGGCCCAAGACACAGGAAGCUGGCUUCUCCCAUGCUUCCUUGUAUGCUAAAGAUUCAUGCACUUGGAUGAUGUACCUAGACGUUGAUGAGUUUGUUUUUGCAACAUCUUGGGUUGAUGCAGUUCCACCUCCGGCCGAUGAUCAGACGUUAAAAUCUAUCUUGCCGAAAACCUCAUCGUCGUCGUUGUCGAAUCGGAGGCUGAUUGGUCAGGUUUCGAUUCGGUGCAAUGAGUUUGGUCCAUCGAAUCUGAAAUCGCAUCCAUCGGAAGGGGUGACACAAGGGUAUACUUGUAGGAGAAAAGUAGAUAAUCGGCACAAGUCUAUAGUUUUAUUAGAUGCAAUUGAUCAUUCGGUGCAUAAUGCAAUACACCAUUUUAAAUUGAAGGCGAAGUAUAGGACGAAGGCAGUGAGUUUAGAAGUUGCUGUGGUGAACCAUUAUAAGUACCAAGCAUGGUCUGAAUUUAAGGCCAAGUUUCGGCGUAGAGUAUCGGCGUAUGUAGUGGAUUGGACACAAACUUUGAAUCCCUCUUCGCAAGAUAGGACGCCAGGGUUAGGGUUUCAAGCAAUAGAGCCAGCAGGGUGGGAAAAUAUGUUCUGUGAAGUGGAAGAUAAUCGGUUGAAGUUGCUUACACAAAGAUGGUUUAAGAAGCAAACCACGACAGGAACCAAAAUGGCUUGGCAACUAUGA